CCCACAUUAAAGGAAGAAAAAGAAAAUUAACCUUCAUUCCUUAAUUAACCCCCCUUCCCCCACGGUUAAUUAAUGCGCGGGCUUCUGCUUCAAUUCCACCAAUUCAGUUCUCCCCCUUCUACGCCCUUCUUCCCCUCUCUCCCUCUGAAAAGCUUCACAGAAAAUGGGCUGCUCCGCCUCCAGGCUCGACGGCCUUCCGGCGGUCUCCCUCUGCCACGACCGCCUCCGCCUCCUCGACGAUUCCCUCCGCCACAGCUACGCCUUCGCCGACUCCCACGCCGCCUACCUCCACUCCCUCCGCUCCUUCUCCCCCGCCCUCCUCUCCUUCCUCCGCACCCACGCCUCCCAAAUCGCCGCCUCUCCUCCCUCCGGUUCACAGCCGGAGAACUGCACCUGCGACGGGGACUGUAAGAGCAGCAGCAACAGCAAUUCCUCCUCCGAAGCUCCCUCUCCCAAUCGCGAAUUCUCCAGCUCCAGCUCUGAUUCCGACUCCGACUUCGCUGCGUAUCCGAAGUACGAUUCGUACGGAGACGGCGGAGGAAGAGUAGCAGCAGGAGGAGGAGAGUUUGCGCCGGUGGCGAGGUCGUGGAUAACGCCGUCGCCGCCGCAGCCGAGGUCUUCGUCGGCGUGGGACUUUUUGAAUUUCUUCGACGCGACUCCGUACGAGCGGUACGAUUUCGUCGAGAAGGAGAAGGGAGAGGAAGGAGCGAGCAAGAAUCAGGUCAAGGAAGUGAAAUCGGGUCGGAAUCGCCCGGAUCCGACUCGGAAGGAAGCAAAAUCGACUGCUGGGAAGAAGAAUCGGCCGGAGCCGGAGGGGAAGACCAAUGUUGGAGCAGAGAAGAAAUGUCCGAAACACGGCAAUGCUGUCGACGAGAAGGUCGAAUCCGGAGAGGAAAAGAAGGAAAGUGCGGCGAAGUUGAUGAAAGAGAUGGAGGUCGGGUUCGAGAGGGCUGCGGAGUCUGGAAUCGGAGUUCUGAGCUCGCUCGACGCCGGGAAAUCGCGGUUCUUCAGUAAGGAAUCUGUUUUCCAAGGGGCUUCCUUGAAGCUAUUCCGCUCCACUGAUGCGUCAGGAUUUGAUGGAGAUUCAGGCGUUUCGACGUCCAACUUAUCGUCGACGCUGAGCAAGCUCUGCAUGUGGGAGAAGAAACUCUACGACGAAGUCAAGGCGGAAGAGAGGUUGCGGAUUGCUUAUGGGAAGUGCUGUAAGAAGAUGAAGAAAUGCUUGGCCGACGACGGGGGCGCGGAAACCAGAGCAGCCGCCGAUGCACUUGGGGCCACGCUCAGAACUCUGGCCACUCAGAUCAAAGUUGGAAUUCAAGUCAUCGACAGGACAUCAACCAACAUCAACAAGCUGCGGGAGGAAGAGCUUUUCCCCCAAAUCACCCAUUUGAUUCAGAAGUUGCUUGAGAUGUGGAAAUCCAUGGGGGAAACUCACAGAGCCCAGUUAGAAGCAGUUUCAGAAGCGCAAUCUAGAGGCAUCCUCUCCUUCAAAACAAAGGGAAAGCUGACCGAAGAGGGUCUCCAAUCAGCAAUGCAGCUCAAGAUCGAGAUACAAACCUGGGCUCUCAGUUUUAUCUCGUGGGUUUCCAUCCAGAAGCGCUGUCUCAAGUCCCUGAACGGCUGGCUCCUCAAAUGCCUGCUCCCUGGCGAAGAAGGAGCGGAGUAUUACCCCCCGGUGUUCGCUCUCUGCGACAAAUGGUCGAACACCUUGGAGGCGCUCUCGGAGAGGGAAGUCAUCGACGCCGUUGGUUUGCUGUUGGGCGGAUUGAACAAAUUCCUGGAGCAGCAGCAGCCUGCUCAUGGUGAAGAAAAACCGGUGACUGUGGACAAGGAAGUGGAGAGGAGAGUGAAGGCUUUGGAGAGGGAAGAACAGAGGUUGAGUAAACUGUUGGUGGUGCAUCAGGGGAUUGGGAUUUGGAAGGUGUUUGAUGGUAAAGCAGGGGAUUUUGAGGUGGGUUUGAAGCAGGUCUUCAUGGCGAUGGAGAGGUUCGCGGCUGGGAAUUUGGAAGCUUAUCAGCAACUCCAUGCCCAGAUUGAAGCUACCAGAUCAAUGCCGUAAUUGGCCCCUUGUUGUAGAUGGUUUUGCUUUUCAUUUUUCUCGUUGUUCUCUAUUUAGGACUUGUACGGUUCCAGAUUUCAUUUUCCAGUACAUACGAACAUUCAACCAAGUACAAAUUCUUAUUUUAUUUUUAUUUUUAUUUUUAUUUUGCAUUA